AUGAAGUACAUCCACUCUGAGGAAGAGCUCGAGAUCCCCGAGGGCGUCAAGGUCCAGAUCAAGAACAGAAAUGUUCUCGUUGAGGGCCCUCGCGGCAAGCUCACAAAGUCUCUCGGUCACUUGGCGGUCAGCUUCACGCACCCCAAGAAGAAUCUCAUCAAGAUCGAGCUCCACCACGGUUCCCGCAAGAGCGUCGCCACCCUCCGCACUGUCCGCACCCUGAUUAACAACUUGAUCAUCGGUGUCACCAAGGGUUACAAGUACAAGAUGCGUUACGUAUAUGCCCAUUUCCCCAUCAACGUCAACCUGGACAAGAACAAGGAGACCGACUGCUGGGAGGUUGAGAUCAGGAACUUCAUCGGCGAGAAGCUCGUACGAAGGGUCGUCAUGAGGCCCGGUGUUGAGGUUGAGGCAUCAAAGAACCAGAAGGAUCAGCUCGAGCUGUCCGGAAACUCGCUCGAGGACGUCUCCCAAGGUGCCGCCGAUAUUCAGCAAAUCUGCAAGGUCCGCAACAAGGAUAUCCGAAAGUUCUUGGACGGUCUGUACGUGUCGGAGCGCGGCAACAUCGUUGAGGACGCGUAA